UAAACCGUCGAUAAAUCGUCCGAAAAUCGUGGGGAAAGUAACCGGAUGUUGAGUUAAUCGGCGAACUUUUGGGGCCCGUCUAUCGUACUCUCGCUGCGGCGAUAAGUAGAGUCCGCUUCAAGGGGCCGAGGCGUGUGAGCAAUUGAAAAAAUCCCAGUGGUAGAGAGACCUUCGAGCAACGAAAUUCCCCAGCGUGAUCACAACAUCUCGGAAAUCCCAAAUAUCUUAGAAAUCAGCCCGGUUACAAAAAAUUUCGUGAUUUUGCGGUAAAAACCCGAACGGUCACCGGACGACUUGAUUUAUUCAAAAAGACAAAAACAUUCGAAUCGAUAUGAGAAAUAUAACCAUUUUUAGACAAAUGACGCGUUGUCUAGUUCUAAAAACCGCGAUUAUUCGUCAGUCACUUCCCGGCUUUGAGAAAUCUGCUAGAUGAGUCCAGGGAUGGCCCCAAUCGGUUCAAAGAUCGAUGGUCGGGACCGCUUAUCCUUGGGCCUUGGAUUGACCAGCGAUUGGCCGAGCCGCGGUUCCGCGGGCUAUAUAGCCACCCGGCAAACAGAUUUUUGGGUCAGACGUACCAAAGUUAGCUAGGCAAGCAUCCGCCAUCACCCCCCGAUUGUGGUUCGAAGUACUUGAGCAGCGCGUCAUUCAUUGUCGGUCAGACCGUUGUGGUGAGAAGGUGAGCGAGUGCAGCCAGAGACCUGAAAGCCUAGCCGUCCUUGUCGAGGAUGUACUGAACUGGGAGUCAUCGACGGACUUUCGGAAAAUAGGAUCAUCCCAGUCUCUGACAUUCGGAAUAAUUUACCACCCGGACAAAGCCACGCUGCUUGGACCGACUCUUCAGAGUCAUCGUCGACUUGGGAGUCCAUUUGUCCAGGUGACCAUUUGACCAAGUACCACGGUACCAUCGAAAUGGCGAGCCUGAUACGCAAGGUGGUCAGCAACUACAAUGACAUACUCGAAUCGAAUAAGGAUCCAAUGGUAGACACGUGGCUUCUGAUGGGGUCCCCGGGUCCGAUCCUUGGCAUCCUUGCCUUGUAUCUGACCUUCGUUCUGAAGGUGGGCCCGAAGAUCAUGGCGAACCGGCCGGCGUACGAGCUUAAAAAUCUCAUGAUCCUCUACAACGGUGCUCAAGUGAUCUUCAGCCUGUGGCUGUGUUCCCUGACGUUCCAAGUCGACCUGUUGCAGUUGAUUAUCGUUGAAGGAUGCAGCCACGAUGAAAAAGUGGUGAACAACCCGCUUCAGCUUGCGCUCUCGACUGGUGCCUGGUGGUACUUCUUUGCCAAGAUCACCGAGCUCCUCGAUACCGUCUUCUUCGUCCUCCGUAAGAAGCAGAACCAGGUGACCUUCCUCCACGUCUAUCAUCACACCAUAACCGCGCUGUUCUCCUGGUGCUACCUGAAGCUGCUGCCGGGUGAGCAGGGCAUAGUCAUCGGUUUCCUCAACUCCUUGGUCCACGUUGUCAUGUACUCCUACUACCUGAUCGCGGCGCUGGGUCCAGCCUACCGGAAGUACCUCUGGUGGAAGAAGUACAUGACCUGGAUGCAGCUGAUUCAGUUCGGCGUGAUGCUUUGCUACCUUACUUACCUCCUGGCGAUAGACUGCAAGCUACCAAAGGCUCUGACUUACUUCUUUGCGACUAACGUCACGAUAUUCAUUUACCUGUUCAGCGACUUUUACAGAAAAUCUUACACGAAGAAGACGGCUUAGAUUGUUCACUUUUGCAGUGACUUCUUUCGAUGGAAGAUCGAUGGACCGUUACUUGCGAUGCAUAUUCCUGCAGUGAAUGGUUAUGUUUUUGCCUGAAAAGGGGCGGCACGCGAUGCCGUUGGACACGGUCCGCUAUUCAAUAGAUUGUACAAAGCCUAGGUCGUAAGUUUAUUGCAUAAUACGUCAAGCCGUCCGCGUAUAUGAAUAUAACAAUAAUCGGUUAAAAAGUCGAAUAUGUUGUGCGCAUAAGAAAUUCAAAGAGCGUUGUAAUUGUUUGAAAACAAUUUCCAAUCGAUUUCAAUAUUUUUCAUUCAUCAUUCGAUGUGUUCACUUGGGGUUAAUAAGUCAGGAUCAUCGGUAGGCAAGAUCUGAACGGUAAUUAUAACGAGCAAGGUCGUUUUAAGAGACGAAACGGAAAAUCGCUUCUUACAUCUUUGCAACGCUAUAAUUAUAACGUGAGCAUUCUAACUACUGCAAUGAAAAAUGUGAUUCAAAUGAAACAGAUGCGAAUGUUCGUAUCAGCCGAUGUGCGUAUCGUUAAUUAUUCGUUAAGUUUGAUCUUAAUCUAUUUAUUUGAUGGCAAUAAUAUUUCUAAGAAGUAAUCUAAUGGAAUAUAUGAAUCAAGUCAUAUACGUGUAAUAUAAUACCUAGCAUAAAAUUCGAAUGAAUAAACUGAGCGUAUCGUUUAAAAUUUUCGUCAAUACACGUUUUAUUUAAAUCCGAUAAUUACACGCACAAUGCGUACAAUCAUUGUAUAAUACAAAAUUUAACACUAUAACAAUUUAACGCUAACGUAAACGCGAAACAGACAAUCGCACGUCUUGUAGAUUCGAACCCGUCCUUAAAUUCAGUCCCUAGAAAAGCUUCUCUCUCUCUCUGUUCAUUUCGUUCGUAUUUUCAACCCGAACCAACAGUAAGACUAAUUAAUACAGUUCACCGAUUAUCGGAUAAGAAAUGGUUGACUGUGUAUUA